UUCGAGCUUACCUCUUAAUCACCAAACAACCAUGAGCUCCCAGAUUCGUCAGAAUUAUUCCACCGAGGUGGAGGCCGCCGUCAACCGUCUGGUCAACGUGCAUCUGCGGGCCUCCUACACCUACCUCUCUCUGGGCUUCUAUUUCGACCGUGACGAUGUGGCUCUGGAAGGUGUGGGCCACUUCUUCCGCGAGUUGUCUGAGGAGAAGCGCGAGGGCGCCGAGCGUCUCUUGAAGAUGCAAAACCAGCGCGGCGGCCGCGCCCUCUUCCAGGACGUCCAGAAGCCGUCCCAAGAUGAAUGGGGGAAAACCCUGGACGCCAUGGAGGCUGCCCUGGUUCUGGAGAAGAGCCUGAACCAGGCCCUUUUGGAUCUGCAUGCCCUGGGUUCUGCCCGCGGAGACCCCCAUCUCUGUGACUUCCUGGAGAACCACUUCCUAGAUGAGGAGGUGAAACUCAUCAAGAAGAUGGGCGACCACCUGACUAACCUCCGCAGGCUGGCCGGCCCCCAGGCUGGGCUGGGCGAGUAUCUCUUCGAGAGGCUCACUCUCAAGCACGACUAGGAGCCUCUGGAGACCAGCAGC